CUUCUUCAAGAGCUAAAGCAAAUCAGACUCUAUAUAUUCUCUGGAAAUGAUCAUUCACCUUAUCUCAUGUUGAAUUAUCAUCAACACAAAAUAGAGACAUUUUAGAGUGGACUUCUGACUUCUAUCUUUAACUUGAAAAUCACCCUCUCUCUUCCUCUCUCCACGUGCACUUGAAACACCCCGUUAUGAUUAAAAAAAAAUCAUUACUAUUCACCAAAAACGUAUGCACGUGCAUAAACUCACAACAACGGACACACGCGUUUAUUUAUUUAUUUUUCCAUCCUUUAUCAUGCACACAUCUCGGCUUUCCCUUUGCCCACUACUCCCACGGGAGGGAGAGCGCUCGAGGGCUGAGGGGCGUUAGGAGAGAGAGAGAGAGGGAGAGAGGGAGGAGGUGUGUUUGUGAGUGUGUGUGAGGGAGAGAGAGAGAGAGGGUGAGUGAGGGGAGGGAAGAAGGGAGGGAGGGGGCGGCGUUAGACAAUACCAUUCCUCAAAUAUAUUCCGUUCCCCUCCGUCCCUGAAGUGAGCCUUUAUUAGUCGGGAUCGUUUGGAUCUUAUCUCGCAUAUGACACCGGGUGGAAGAAAGAGCGGAGGAGAAAAAAGAGGGGGAUUAUUUGCGAACUGCCUUCCGAUCCGCUGAUUCCUUGACACGGGGAGAACCUCGCUUAUCUCGCACCCCUUUUAUCCCCAUCUUCCACAGGCGGAUGGACGAGUAGCCCUGGCUGCACUUUCACCACUAUCUGCCCAUCUCGUCUAUUGUCUCUCCAUCGCAGGGAUCACACGGGAAGCUGACUGAUCCCCGCUCACAUCUUUAUUAUUAUUAUUAUUAUUUCUAAAUCGACUGAGCGUCUUCACACUUCGGGCUUCAGACCUGUUUCCGUUUGCAGAAACAUUUCCCUGCUUGACGUUUGACCCCUCCGCGUGAUUCCCAUGCUGCAGGCUGCCGACUGAAAAAGUAAAAGAACUAGUUUCUUUCUUUUCUUUUUUAAAAUUUAUUCUUUUAUUGUUUUUGGUCCCGGUGAGACUGAAGCUUCCUCUCUGUGACAUCUGAUGGUGGCUGGAAUAUGAGUUAAUUUGGAGUUGAAGCUCCGCUCCAGAGCGCCUUUAAGUUCCAGUCAAGAAAAUUUUUGCCUCCAAACUCUUUGUCAAGGUUCUUAAGGAGGACUGAUCGCCAACACCGGACAAUAAAAAUGAUGCUGAGCCCGGACCAGGCUGAGGCGGACCUCUCCUGGACUCAGUCCGACCCGGAGACGAUGCUCAACGGCCUCAAGUCGGCCGGCUGCGCCUCGGACGAGCCGGCUGAGGGCGAGGACAGGGCCAAAUGCAAAGCCGAGCAGCCCCUGAGCAGGGAGGAGAAGAGGCGGAGGCGGAGGGCCACGGCCAAGUACCGCUCGGCCCACGCCACCAGAGAGAGGAUCCGGGUGGAGGCGUUCAACGUGGCAUUCGCGGAGCUGAGGAAAUUACUCCCCACCCUGCCCCCUGACAAGAAACUCUCCAAGAUCGAGAUCCUCAGACUGGCUAUAUGCUACAUCUCCUAUCUGAAUCACGUGUUGGAUGUCUAAAAGUGACCCCCUCCACCCCCCCAGAGGCAGAACGGGUUGGUUGGGUCGGUAGAUUGGACUCAGGCGCGUGCUGGGCGUCAGUAGGGUAUGGCAAGGUUGACAGCUAGGGUCGACUGAUGAGGCAGAUUUUUAACCAGUGUGUUUAUAGAUUUCAUUUUUAAAUUCUUCCUCUAAUGAGAUGAGCUAAAAAUAACUAGAUAAUGAAUGUGCAUUUCAAUCAAUGAAAGUUUUAAAAAAGAAUAUGUAAUUCCAGACUUUUAUUUUGUAAAGCUGUAUUCAGUGCAGAACUGAUGAAAAAAAAAAAUCAAUAUUAGCUCAGUACAAACUGAUACAUGGGUCUAACACCUGUGACAUGAGCUCCAGCUCUAACUGAUUUUUAUAACAUCACAUGCACAAAAUCAGCAAACCUGAAAUCUUAUUUUAAAAAAAUCACCAGUUCAUCCUCCAGGGCCCAGAUCUGUUCAAUAAAAAAGACCCCAUCCUGUCCCCUGGUACUGGGACUUUGCCAUACCUCUCUAGUCCUGAGUCUAGUGUUCGUUAUCGCGAUGGCAGCGGUGCAAAGUUGUCAAAGUAAAAGCCUCAACUUUCAGUCCAGACCGCUCACUGAACAAAAAAAAAAAAAAAAGAAAAAGAAAAAGCAACAAGCGCCGAGUCGUUUGAGCUGUUAGAUGCAAUAAUGAGAAUAAUGAUUAUUUUCCCGGUGUACAGUGGGGGAGGGGGGGCUGCAGGAGCCCCCGCAGGCACUCACCUCUCCCCCUGCCUGAAGGUGAUGUAGUGGAGGACAGAACGAACAUGAAGAAUCUGGUUUUCAGAGAAACUUUAAUUUGAUUUUCCACAUGAAAUCACCCUCUGAAAUGAUAUUAGUUUAAUCCCACCUAAUGUCAUAAGAAAUAUAUAUCAGGCUAAAAAGUGAGUCCUCCCCUGCAUCAAUUUGAGCUCUGAUAAAACAAACACUGGGGCAUUUUCCAGAUCGAAAUGAAAGGAUGUAAACGAGAUAGCUGCUUUAGAUCUAGUUUAGAUGAUGUUUUCCGUAAAGGAAGAAAAAAAGAUACAAUGCGUAAGUGCCACUUAUGACAUAUAAAAUUGUGACCUUAAUCAUUUUUUUAAAGUGUAUGGAAUUAUUUAUUUAAUUGUGUUAAUAUUUAAGGCUAAUUUAUUUCUGUUGAUAUCAUAGGCUGGCGUCUUUUUGUAUAAAUGUAUAUUGUUUGUUGCUUCUAUAUUUUAGGCUGUGAAAUUGAACUUGGAAAGUGAUGGUGUUCUACUCUUGAAAAUGGCACUUUCUGUUAAUCCAUAGCAUAACUUAUUCGUUUGAUGUAUGUCACUCUCUUUGUUUUGAUUUCUACUGUCACGUCUAUUGUCUAUCAAUAGCAACGAUAAGCACUUCAAGAUGGGCUCCAGCGGCCCUAUAAAUGUUUAUUUCCCGAAAUUGUUGUGUGAAGGGGUUACUCGAGGAAUAAGAAUUGGCCUGUUUAAAAAAUACUCAAUUUCAAAAUUUGACAGAAUAAUGUAAUCAUAAAGAAUGAUUACGUCAAACAGGAGUUAAACCUCUUUUUUUGCUGUGACCAAAAAAUAAUGAUACUAAUAAUUUCGAAAAAUAGUCUGAAUUUAUUAUCUUCAAUGUUUUGAUGUUAUUAUUAUUAUUAUUGUUUUGAUUGAUUGAUUGGUUUAUUUAUUUGUCUCUUUGUAUUACAAAAUCCAAUAAGUAAUUUUAUAGUGAAGGAAAAAAAAACAUAUCCUCUAUCCAAAGAUUUUUUGUCUCUUCAGGGUUGUGUAGGCUACUUGUUGCUUUAUGCAGAUCUUUUGUAGUAGAGGUAUCGUGUGACAGCUGGUUUCUAAUGGACAAACUUUUCAUAUUUUCCGGUGUUAUUUUUAAUUAAA